CCGUCGGCGGGACUUCCGUGUUGGCGGGAUUCUGAACGCUGCCAUGGCUCAGACUGUGCAGAACGUUACAUUGUCGCUCACUCUGCCCAUCACGUGCCACAUUUGCUUGGGGAAGGUACGCCAGCCUGUCAUAUGCAUCAACAACCAUGUAUUUUGUUCAAUUUGUAUCGAUUUGUGGUUGAAGAAUAAUAGCCAGUGUCCAGCUUGCAGAGUCCCCAUCACGCCUGAAAAUCCUUGCAAAGAGAUUAUUGGAGGAACAAGUGAAAGUGAACCUAUGCUAAGCCAUACAGUCAGGAAGCACCUUCGGAAAACUAGACUUGAGUUACUCCACAAAGAGUAUGAGGAUGAAAUAGAUUGUCUGCAGAAGGAAGUAGAAGAUCUUAAGAGUAAAAAUCUCAGCUUGGAGUCACAAAUUAAGACUAUUCUGGAUCCUUUAACCUUGAUGCAAGGCAACCAAAAUGAAGACAAGCAUCCAGUUGCAGAAAAUCCAAGUAAAAUUGACCCAGAAACUGUAGCAGAGUGGAAGAAAAAACUUAGAACAGCUAAUGAAAUCUAUGAAAAAGUAAAAGAUGAUGUGGAUAAGUUAAAGGAAGCAAAUAAAAAAUUGAAAUUGGAAAACGGUGGCCUGGUGAGGGAGAAUUUACGACUGAAGGCUGAAGUUGAUAACAGAUCACCCCAGAAGUUUGGAAGGUUUACAGUAGCUGCUCUUCAGUCCAAAGUAGAACAGCAUGAACGUGAAACCAAUCGCCUCAAGAAAGCCCUGGAACGAAGUGAUAAGUAUAUAGAGGAACUAGAAUCUCAAAUUUCACAGCUAAAAAAUUCAGGUGAAGAGAAGGAAGCUAUGAAUUCCAUUUGCCAGAGAGCACUUUCUACAGAUGGCAAAGGGAGCAUAGGCAAUGAGGAGGAUAUGACAUCAAAGAAUCAAGGUGAUGGUGCCAGAAAGCCGCUUGGCUCAUCCACCUCAAGUUCUCACCUGGCAAAACCUUCUAGUUCUAGUUCUGCCAGGAAGGAAAGCACCAGCAAAACAGAACCAAAUUGUCCUAAGAACAAAGACCUAUAUCAAAAACAGGUGGAAAUAAUGUUAGAUGUGACAGAUACAAGCAUGGAUACUUAUUUAGAAAGAGAUUGGGGUAAUAAGCCAAGUGAUUGUAUUCCCUACAAAGAUGAAGAACUUUAUGAUCUUCCAGCUCCUUGUACCCCUUUGUCCCUUAGUUGCCUUCAGCUCAGUACUCCAGAAAAUAGAGAGAGCUCUGUAGUUAAAGCAGUAGGUUCCAAAAAGCACUCAAACCAUCUUAGAAAAUUGGUGUUUGAUGAUUUUUGUGAUUCUCCGAAUGUUUGUAAUAAAGAUUCAUCAGAAGAUGAUAGAAGUGAAAAUGAAAAGAAAUCAGAAUGUUUUGCUUCCUCAAAGACAGGAUUUUGGGACUGUUGUUCCACAAGCUAUGCCCAAAACUUGGAUUUUGAAAGCUCAGAGGGGAACACAAUAGCAAAUUCUGUUGGAGAAAUUUCUUUAAAAUUAAGUGAGAAAUCAGGCUCCUGCUUAUCUAAGAGGUUGAAUUCUAUUCGCUCAUUUGAAAUGAAUCGGACAAGAACAUCCAGUGAAGCCUCCAUGGACGCAGCUUACCUUGACAAAAUCUCUGAGUUGGAUUCAAUGAUGUCGGAAUCAGACAAUAGCAAGAGCCCUUGUAAUAAUGGUUUUAAGUCAGUGGACUUAGAUGUGUUAUCAAAGUCCUCUCAAGGCAGUGAAUUUCUUGAGGAGCCAGAUAAGUUGGAAGAAAGAACUAAGCCAAACCUUUCCAAAGGUUCUCUAACUACUGAUCAGUUAGAAAAUGGAAAUGAUUGGAAACCCACUUCUUUUUUCCUCCUCUCUCCAUCUGACCAAGAAAUGAAUGAAGAUUUUUCUCUCCAUACCGGUUCUAACCCAGGAACUAAUGAAAUCAAACCCCCAAGCUGUUUGUUUCAGACUGAGUUUUCCCAGGGUGUUUUGUUAAGCAGUUCACACCGGCUAUUUGAAGAUCAGAGGUUUGGGUCUUCUUUAUUUAAGAUGACCUCAGAGAUGCAUGGUCUUCAUAACCACCUUCAGUCUCCUUGGUCUUCUUCCUUUGUGCCUGAGAAGAGGAAUAAAAAUACAAAUCAGUCAACAAAAAGAAAAAUCCAGAGCAGUCUUUCCAAUGCCAGCCCAUCAAAAGCAACUAAAAGUUGACUGGUUAGAAAGGUGUCAUUUAUGUUUUUGUCCUGAGAGGAAUAGAAGUUUUUAAAGUUACUUUUUUUCCCUCAUAAAAGUUCUGUACGAUGUUGAAUUGAUAAUCUGUAGUCAAGUAUCAAGUCAGAAUGGUGGAUUAGCCUGUACCUAAAAUACUUCUGUUCAUUUUAAAGAGUUUGUCAUUUUUUUCAUUUCAUUUGGGCAUCUUUUUAACCAGAAAAGAUAGAGAGAGGGAGAGGGUUUCUUUUAAUGAAUAUUAUAUGUAUCUGGUUUGGGUGUGUUAUGUUUUCUUAGGUCUUGAUUUAGCUGUUAAAUACAGUGGCCAAUUAAUGAGCCUCGGUUGUCUUCAAAACUUGGAUUCCUUAAAUAAAACUUUUUGGGUUGUCUA